CUGUAAACAAUGCAGAGCAACAGCCACAACGACCAGGAAGAGCUUCUGUCGCCUCAAUCGCCACCGCCUCAAUACGCAUUUGUCAGCACACCAUUGGAGCAGCAGCUGCUGCAUCAACAGCAGCAACUUCCUCCAACCGUCAUAGUUAACAAUACAACUGUAAUACAUCCACAACUUUCCGUACCAAUUGAAUUUGUUUAUGCAAACCAUUUCUGCAACGACACACCAAGAGAUGUUCGACGAAUUUUCAUUCGCAAUCUGUUCCUUGUCAUAGCUGCCCAAUUUCUUCUGAUCGGGGGAAUUAUUGCGAUCGUAAUUUUUGUGCCAUUUGAGCAGCUGGACAAGUGGAAUAAAAGGGACUCAACACAAUUUUACAUUAUAUGGAUCGUGUCGAUCGCAGUUCUGGCAAUAAUUUCAUUUUGGGAACGAGUCCGUAGAAUCCCACCGGCUAACUGUAUUACGAUGGUUAUUUUCACCAUCUUCCAAGGCAUAACUUUGGCUUGCGCAGCUACUUUUAAAGUUUUAUCGCUGGUUCUUCUCGCAUCAGUCGGAAGCACAAGCGUAGUGUGCUUGGCCACGGCACUGUUCGAGUUCCAAAGUCGUUAUCAUCUGGGAAACUUCAGAUCAGUACUGUACGUUUGGACACUAAAUAUUCUUUGCUCCGGCAUCUCCUUAUCGUUUCUGAGUGCCGACAAAGCUGGCAUUGCUGCUGGAUUAUCGACCAUGUUCUGUACAUACCUGGUCGUCAAUGCGCAGAUGAUGGUUCACGGCACCACUCAUUACGUACUUACUCCGAAGGAAUAUGUAUUCGGGGCCAUGAACAUUUAUGUGGACAUUGUUCAUGCGAUAUUGGUUUGUUUGGCAGGCAUUGGAUUAUGUAGCGGUUGCAUUUUAAGCUGUUCCUGUCUAAGAAAUAGUUCUUAAUCAAGAAAGUCCACCGAAAUACAAUCUGCCUCAUAAUUUCGAUGGCUCUCGAAUCUUUUCCUGUCUUUUGAACAGACAAUGCCAUUUUCCAGUGA